GCGCUCGCAGGCGCGCUGAGCGAAAAAAUAUCAUAUAUGUAGCUGGCAAGCCAACAACAGACCACCGAGCCAGUAUUCAGGAUUCAGAUUGUUGUACGUGUAACUGGUCGUGUUCCGAUCCUGCAGCUACCUCACAGCUCAAACGUUUGAUUUACCGGGUUCGUGUUUGAAAUCCACCCUGGAGGGACAGCGAAGUACCGGGAGGAAGAGCACGGAUUUACGGACUGUCCGCUCCUGUACUGAAACUGGACAGCCAUGGGAGCUGUUCUGGCGGCCUUUUCCUUCGCAAGUUGGGUGCCAUGCCUGUGCAGCAGUGCAACAUGUCUGAUGUGCAGCUGCUGUCCGAGCAGCAGAAACUCUACUGUGACCAGGAUCAUUUAUGCUUUCAUCUUGCUGCUGGGGACCAUCGUUGCUUGCAUCAUGCUCUCGCCGGGUGUGGAUGCGCAGCUCCAAAGGAUCCCAGGCUUCUGUAAACAAGGAGCAGGCUCUUCUAUCCCCGGCCUACAGGCUGAUGUCAACUGUGAAAUGUUUGUGGGCUACAAGGCAGUGUACCGUGUCUGUUUUGGCAUGAGUAUAUGGUUCCUGGGAUUUUCCAUCCUUAUGAUCAACAUCAAGAAUAGCAGAGACCCCCGCGCUGCCAUCCACAAUGGAUUUUGGUUCUUCAAGUUUGCUGCCUUGGUUGCACUUACAGUCGGUGCCUUUUACAUUCCAGAUGGGCCUUUUACCUACACGUGGUUUGUUGUGGGCUCCGGUGGGGCUUUCUUUUUCAUUCUGAUCCAGCUGGUGCUUCUUGUGGACUUUGCACACUCCUGGAAUGAGUCCUGGGUAGAAAAGAUGGAGACCAGCAACUCCAGGGUCUGGUAUGCAGCUUUGUUGGCAGUAACAGCCCUCAACUACAUCCUGUCAUUUUCUGCUGUGGUGCUGUUCUUCAUCUUCUACACCAAGCCUGAUGGAUGCUUCAUUAACAAGUUCUUCAUCAGCUUCAACAUGUUGUUCUGCAUUGUGGCCUCUGUUGUCUCUGUUCUGCACAAAGUACAGGAGUCUCAGCCACGUUCAGGUCUUCUACAGUCCUCUGUCAUCACCCUGUACACCAUGUUUCUUACCUGGUCUGCCAUGAACAAUGAGCCUGACCGAGCAUGUAACCCUAGUCUGCUGAGUAUCUUCCAGCAGAUCACGGCCCCCACACUGGCCCCUCUGGAGAUGGAGAAUCAGACAGCAGUGGUGAUCAUUGGUACAGAGGAACCUGUCCUAACAUCCCCGUACCUGCAGUGGUGGGAUGCUGAGAGUAUUGUGGGGCUUGUCAUAUUUGUCCUGUGCAUUCUAUAUUCCAGCAUUCGUUCAUCCAGCACCAGUCAGGUGAACAAGCUAACCAUGGCCUCCAAAGACUCAGCCAUCUUGGCUGAGGGCGGCAGCAGCCCCGACGUAUCAGAGGAGUCAGCAGGGCCCAGGCGGGUGCAGGACAAUGAGCGGGACAUGGUUCAGUACAGCUACUGCUUCUUCCACUUUAUGCUCUUCUUGGCCUCACUCUACAUCAUGAUGACCCUCACCAACUGGUAUAGCCCUGAUGCCGACUACACCAUAACUAGCAAGUGGCCUGCAGUGUGGGUGAAGAUCACCUCCAGCUGGGUGUGUUUGGCCUUGUACAUCUGGACCCUGGUGGCCCCCAUGAUCCUCACCAACCGAGACUUCAGCUGAUAAGUAACUCUGACUCCACUUUAUCGUCCACAAACCUCUUCUCCACUUCUCUUAUUUUUUUACAGAUACUAUGGCCAUAUUGCCUACAUAUUACUGUAAGAAUGUACUCACAAUUUAUACUUUCUGGUGGAGGUUCAUGGUGUGGUUAGGGGUGCCAUAAAAGCUGCUUCAGGUACAGGUAGUUACUGUAGUCUUUUUAUACCAGUCAGUAGCAGCUGCUCAUUAAUUAGAAGUCCAUGAGGAUCAGAUGUUUUUUUUAUAACACACCUCGAAGAAAGUCAUUCCAUUUUAUGUUUUUUUUUUUUAUUUCUGCUGGAGCAAGAAAAAUGUUAUUCUAAUUUAAUCAAAUACAUUUUCUUUGUUUUCUCAUUGCUUAAACAUAAAUAUUCCAUUACAACCAUCCUCAUCACAGGUUUUAAUAAAGAGGGUUGUUUGUGAACUGCACACAGUAGUAAACUGAUAUAGUGUGCUGCUGUGCAUUCCAAUGCCUUAUAUGUCUGGUAAAGGUUUGAGAUGUUUGAAUGUAUCAGGAGUAAUAAUAAGUACAUGAGCACAGUAAAACAUUGCCGAUAAACAUGACACAUUUCCACAAUAUGACUCAAAGUCAGUUUAAGUUUCUGCCAAAUAUUUAUGACCAAGAUAUUCAUUGUAAAGGUGUCUUUAAGAUGUGAGUUAAAUUUCAGUUUGUAACAUGAAACCAUAAACUGCACUGAACACAAAUACAGUCCAAACAUUUGGUUAAAUCUCAUAUUUCUGCAUCACUGUAUGAAACCAAAUAGAUUUUGCUUAUAAUGAACGUUUCUUUCUUUUCUAAUUAAAAAAAUAUGUUUUGUGAGAAAUGUCAAUGUUAAUUAAAUAACUAAAUGUAUUUAAGAAUAUUAAUGUGAUUGACCAAAGUGGCUGACUGUAGCCACUGGAUGAGCACUCAGCAGUGCUUCUGCAGUUUGAAUUUAUUUCAAGAUUUACUUUAUUCAUUUUUCACAACAGUGACUUAAUGCGCAAAACUCAUAACACAAAUAAACGAGCCUGCUCAUCAUGCACCAUGUUUAUCAGAGCAACAUUUUAUAUCAACAAUGAAAUGUAAACAUUGUCGCAAUGUUCGAACAAUCAUUAUCAAUGCAGUGGAUGUUUCCUUUUUUUUACAUUUUACUUUUUUGUGUGGGUCAUCUGUAAAUGCAAGAAUUUAGCAGGGCAGUUUGGCUUCUUGUGAGUCUGUCUGUGCACUGAGCUCAUGAUUUACAACAAUCAUGCAAAUACCUUAAAGAAUAAAGGCAGAUUUACAACUCAGAUUUUAUCAUGAUUUAAUCAUCUGUCUUAUGAUUCUGACUGUGGAAGCUGGAGACUGCAACAACACAUUAAAAAUAGUUUGCCGUAGUUUACUGAUGCAUUAAAAAUGAGUCAAUAUUACUUUUUUGUCUCCACUAGGUCCUGAUUAUUAUCUGGCUCUUUAGCUGCUAAAUGCAGCUGGUUUCUGACUGAGUCUGUCUAAACCUGUCAAUAGCCUGACUACUGACCAAUCAGAUCAAGGGAAAAACUGAUUUGUCUACAGGAUCCUCACAGGGACACAAGAGUUUACAAUAAAGCAAUAAAGCAAGAAAGCAUCAAGUAUUUUUAUAGAUCGAGUGGAAUGUUUUUUCUGUUGGAGGUUUUCAAUGUGUUCACUCUGGUUUUAAACAGAGGGAGAGUUUAUCAAUAAACAAUCAUAAAUAUUCCAGCUUCAUCUGAAGUGAACAAAGAUUCUUUGAUUGACAGAAUUCCUGACUGAGGAACACGAGGACUCUGUGACCAUGAUUGUUCAUUCAAACUAAACACUGAUGUUUUUAUUAGUAAAAUGAUCUACACACUUAAAUUUUUCAUCUGAUAAAUUAACAGUUCAGUCAGAUUGACCUCAUCAGACAUGAACUGCUUCUCUCCUCUUUGCUUUGGCAGCAGAAACCCUCUGACAUAACUUUUUUCCUGUUUCAUAUGUUCAUA